AUGGCUAACCCCAACCCUCACGCCACUGCUACUGCCUCGGCUUCGGUUCCCACCCCAGCUAUAGUCAUGGGACCAAUGGUGACCGAGGCAACUCCCCAUGUGGAAAAGCCCCACCAGUUCAAUGGUGAGGACUUUAAGAGAUGGCAACAAAAGAUGGUCUUCUAUCUGACCACUCUGAACCUCGCGUAUAUUCUGAAAGAAGCAUGCCCAGUCACCCCGGAAGAGAAUGCAACUGCGGAGGAGGUUGUUGCCAAGGAAGCGUUGAUGCAUACAGACUUCCUAUGCCGGAAUUAUAUACUAAGUGCCUUGCCAGACUCACUUUACAAUGUAUACUGUACUGCCUAUCCGACAGUCAAGGAACUUUGGGAUGCUCUGGAUAAAAAAUACAAACUAGAGGAUGCUGGGACUAAGAAAUUCCUCGUGGCGAAAUUUCUUGACUACAAGAUGGUUGAUUCCAAAUUGGUGGUCAACCAGUUGGAAGAGCUGCAGGUCCUUUUCAGUGACUUGCUGAAUAAGGGAUUAGUCAUAAAUGAGCCAUUCCAAGUUGCCGCUGUAAUUGAGAAGUUACCACCCUCGUGGAAAGACUUCAAGAACUACCUCAAGCACAAGCGGAAAGAGCUAUCCAUGGAGGAUCUGGCUGUCAGACUCCGCAUCGAAGAGGACAAUCGGAAGGGAGAUAAAGCUCCUCUCAGGCUGGAAACGAGGGCCAACGUGGUUGUAGCUUCAAAACCACAACCCAAUAAACAACAAGGUAAAGAAGAAGAAAGGGAACAUGGGUCCCAAGAAUUUAAUACUAGGUAA